UAACGAUUUACUAUCAAACGGUUUUAGAUACAAAAUAAAUUAAUAAAAUAUCCUAGAUUGACAAAUCAUCUCCGUUCAGAAUUGUUUUUUUUUAUACAAUGAUACAUUGAUACCUAUAUCAUUGCAUUCAAAUUUAAUACAUCCAUUAUAGUGACCUACUCUAUGACUGAGGUCCACUUCACCACUACUGUUCAGCAGAGCGAUUUCCCGAUUUUUUUUUUAUUGCAGUUUUAAUAUUUGACGAUACUUUGAUUUAAUUAAGAGACUGAUUAUACUUAAAUAUUAUAUACAUACUACAAUAUUAGUAUUGCGACCCUACUCAAAACUAUCUAGUUGUAUUCUAUGCAUUUUUUUUUAUUCGUCUAGCAUUGACACUCCUGAUCAAUUAUACACAAUUUCCGGUCAAAGUAAUGUAGUCGAAACGUUAUCUCCACCUGUAGUAGUGGACAUUUUUACUUUUAUCCGUGAUAUACAAAAUGACCUUUGUGAUCAUGGAUCAUUAUUUGGAUGUUCAUUCAAAGAUAUGGAUAUAAUAUCUGAAAAAAGAACUGGAUUACAAAGUACGAUCAGCUUUAAAUGUAAGAUGUGUGGACUUCAUAAGUCUAUUAAGACAGAUAAUUAUGAAAGUUCAGGAGCACUAAAUGUCAAUGAGUGUGCGAUUGUGGGUACUCUAUCAGCUGGGGGAGGUUAUAGUCACCUUUCACAAAUAUUUUCAGCUAUAAACAUUCCAGUUAUGAAUUUUAGUACCUACAGAGUCUAUGAAAAUAAAGUGACGGGCAAUUUUGAAAAAGUUGCUUCUGAGAUCAUGCUAAGUGCAGCGAUGGAGGAAAAAGCUUUAGCUAUACAAAAUGGCGAUGUUGAUAAAGAUGGUGUUCCUUUAUUAACAGUUAUAUGCGAUGGCAGUUGGGGAAAGAGAUCUUAUAGAACUAUGUAUAAUUCAUCUUCUGGAACAGCUGCUAUAAUUGGUCAACGAACCAAGAAAGUAUUGUUUAUGGGCGUUCGAAACAAAUACUGUCUUGUUUGCGCCAGAGCAUCAAAUUCCAAUAAAGAACCAUCAGAGCAUGUCUGUUUUAAAAACUGGGACGAUGGCCAAAGUUCUUCAGCUAUGGAAGCUUCUAUUAUUGUUGAAGGUUUUAAAACUAGUGAAGCCAUGUACGGUGUUCGAUAUGCUAAAUUUAUAGGAGAUGGGGACAGUAAUGUAUAUAAAAAAAUUUUAGAGCAAAGACCCUAUAAAGAUCUUACGGUACAAAAGGUAGAAUGUAGAAACCAUUUAUACAGAAAUUUUUGUAAUAAAUUAAGGGAUAUUGCAAAAAACAGAAGAUUCUUUGGUGAAUUUCGAAAUGCCUUAAAUGGAAAUGUAUUUCGACUUAGAAAUGCUGUUGCUAAAGCCGUAAAAUUUAGAAAAAUAUCUAAUGACAUUGCUGGUCUAAGAAGAGAUAUUGAAAAUGCUUCUUAUCAUGUUUUUGGAAACCAUAAUAAAUGUGAUUCAUAUUAUUGUCAAGGGCCAAAAGAAAAUGAGAUAAAUAAGGUUCCAGAAAUGGAAAAAAAUGGUAUAUUUGGAGAGAUAAUGACAACAAUAAGAAGAUACUUAUUAGUACAAUCUAAAUCACUCAUUCGGGACUUGGACAGUAAUAUUGUUGAAAGUUAUAAUGCAAUCGUAGCUAAAUGUAUUUCAGGUAAAAGAAUAAAUUACUCGUUGAGGCAAUCAUACACGGGACGGUGUAAUGUUGCCACAGUGACAUACAAUGCAAAAAAAACAGUUUAUGCUUACCACAAACUUAUCCACAAUAAGAGUCCUGGAAUUUUCACUAAAAGAAAAGAAGAAAGGAUAAUAUUAGCAGCGCAGGCGACGUCUUCAAGAAGACGUGGUUUAAUACGUAGACAGUUAUUUCCAGCAAAUAAGACAGUAGGACGUUCAGAUCCUUCUUAUGGGGAUAAUUCUGAAAAACCAGAUAUGGCAGAGAAUGACUUUGAAGCUGAAAAAGAAAAAAUCCUUUCUUCGUUACUUCUGAACGAAGAAGAAAGGACAAUUUUAGAACGUGAAACUGUAGAUCAGAGUCUAUCAAACAAGUGGGUAGACCGAAGAAGGAAAAUGCUCACCGCCUCUAAUUUUGGUAAAAUUAUCAAAAUGAGACAAACCACAACCUGUCAGAGUUUUGUUCAAAAUCAUUUGUUUGGUGGAGUGACUACAACUGCCAUGGAGUAUGGAAAAUCGAAUGAAGAAACAGCACUGAGAGUACUAGAACGUAUUUUAAAUGUACAAAUUACUAAAUGUGGUAUUUUUGUGGACAGUGAAAAUCCAUUCUUAGGAGCUACUCCAGAUGGUCUAAUUGGUAACGACGGAAUAGUUGAGGUAAAAUGUCCUUCAUCGGCAGAACAUUUAACGCCAGAAGAAGGUAUCAUACAAAAAAAAAUAACAUUUUGGAUGUUAAACAAAUCUGGAGAAAUUAGCGGAAUUAAUAAAAAACAUAACUGGUAUUUUCAAGUGCAAGGCCAACUAAAUGUGUGUCAAAAAAGCUUUUGCCAGUUUGCAGUUUGGACUCCUAAAGGCAUUAAAAUUGAAAAAAUCGAACGUGAUGAAGUGUUGUGGAAAAGUAUGAUGGUAGAAAAAUUAAAAUAUUUUUAUCUCAACUGUAUACUGCCAGAACUAGCCGACAGUCGAUUUUUAAGGUCAAUGCCGAUAAGGAAUCCAAAAGAAAUAAUAGAUGCACAAGAAAAAAAAUUGAAAAGAAAGGAAAACUUAAAGAACAAAAUAAAUGAUGAACAAGAUGUAUCUACUAACUGAAAUAAUAUAAUAUACCUAACUUUUGUUUAUUCCUUAUAAGUGUUUAUAGAUACCUACAUAAUUACGAGUACCUAUGCAUAAUGCAUAUAUAUUAUAUUAAUCCGUAUGUUAAUUAAAACGUGUAAAAUAAAUACAUUUAAACCUAUUAUAAAAACUGUCCUAACUACCUAUGUAUUAUAAUAAUAUUUUUAACUUUUUAAGAGGAUGUCAGCGCACUAUAUUUGUUUUCUCUCUGGCCCACGCGCAACAUAGACAAAACGCAUU